AUGGAGACGACCAAUGUAAAAUGGCGAGAACUUAGCAUUGCGGUGAUUGGGGGCGGAAUUGGGGGCAUGUCGUCGGCCAUUGCACUCCGUCGUGCUGGUCACAAGGUCACCAUCUACGAACGCAACGACUUUGUUGGUGAAGUCGGUGCUUCGGUUUCAUGUGCUGCGAAUAGAACCCGGUGGCUUCACGAGUGGGGAGUCGACGUGGCCAAGGGCGACCCUGUGGUGCUGAAGAGUCUGAUCAACCAUGACUGGUAUACAGGCGAGACUGUUAGCCUGUACGAUCUGUCAGACUACGAAGAGCGGUGGGGAUAUGUCUAUAAUAUGUUCCAUCGUCAGUACAUGCAUGCAAUACUGAAAGAAUGCGCCCUUCAGCCCGAGGGAGCAGGUACUCCAGCAAAGCUCGAGGUCAAUCACAAGUGUCAGAAUAUUGAUAUUGAAAGCGGGGCAAUACAAUUCACCAAUGGUGUUAAAGCUCAGCAUGAGCUUAUAGUUGGUUCUGACGGAAUUGGGUCUGCGGUUCGGAAGAUCCUAGGUCUUCGGGUCGACAAAAAGCCAGCUGAUUCUAGCUGCUUGCAUGCAAAUGUGCUCACGGAUGAUGCAACCAAGGCCGGACUUGUUGACUACUCGAAAAAUACCGCGUUGGAGUACUGGGGAGGACAGGAAGGGAAGUGGGAUAAGAUUGUUCUCUCACCCUGUAACGGCGGCAAGCUACUCUCGUACUACUGCUUCUUCCCUCGAGAAGUAAGUGACUACUCAAACCAAAGCUGGGGAGCUGACAGCCUGCCUGUGGAAGAACUGAUUGCCCCGUACCCGAAUCUCGAUCCUCGGGUAAAGGCUCAUCUCGCUAUUAGCAAGGAGAUCCAGCCGUGGCGGCUCUGGGUCCAUGAAUCGUAUCCAUACAUUCAAAAAGGCCGUGUCGGCCUGCUGGGUGACGCAGCCCAUCCAAUGAUGCCUCAUCAAAGCCAAGGUGCCUGCAUGGCCAUCGAAGAUGCCGCGGCAUUCGGGAUCCUAUUCAGUAAACCGUUCUUCAACGGAAAUGUUGCUGAAACUCUCGCGGUCUAUGAGGAGAUCCGACUCCCGCGUGUAACCCGCGUUCAGACCGCUGCGGCGAAAGCGGCAUACAACAUCAAUGAAAGAAUAGGAUUCUCAAACAACACGGAUAACCCCAAUUACAAGGUCGAAGAUGAGAAAAGGAAAUUGACCAUCGAGGAGAUGAACGCAUACGACAUGUAUGAGGAUGUCAAGGAAGCGCUCGCCCGCAGACGGGGCCAGAGGUAUAGCGGCCAUUACAUCAAGGGACUACCCAUUGGAUUGAAGUUACCAAAUGGAGCUGCUGGUGGCGGAUAG